AAGUUCUUUCUCUCCACACAACGGACAACAGUCUCUCUCUCAUUCGUCUGCAGCCUGUAGUAACCCUCCUAGCUAGAUGUCGUUCUUUCCAUCUCUUCAACCCGAAAGAUGGAACCUGCAGCAAGUAGAUGAACCAGCCGGUUCAGCCUUCAGACCAGAGGGAGAGAGAAUCCAGUGCUUGUUGGCAUCGGUGUGCUGUAUAUGUGUAUAUGUGUGUGUGUCUGCCGAGAGAAGAGAGGACAGCCAUUCCAGUGUGUGUGUGUGUCGAAGUGACAGUGUUUCUUUGCUUGAGCGGGAGAGUGAGUGUGCGAGUUUCUUGCUCUGAAUAGUAGGAGAACGGCAGCUCACUAGUGUGUGUUCAUGUGAAUGGAUGCAUGAGCGUGCGAAGGAGAGUGUGUUUUUCCACAGUGUGUGUGUGUGUGUCCUCCUCUCUGAGGAGUAGUCGGAGGGCAACUCUCUCCCCCUGGCGGGUGUGUGUGUAGAUGGCAGUGUGUGUGUGUUCUGCCCUGUCCUCCCUUCUCCUGCUCCUGAGCUGUGGUGUAGCGGGAGGAUACCCCUUCAGAGCCCCCAUAGACCUGGAUGUCACCCCCAGGAUCACUGUGACUACCAGCGGUCUGUUGGGCUGCAGGCGUUUCCAGUCCUCAGUAGUGAACUACAGUACUCUGCUACUAGAGGAGGACAUGGGUCUUCUCUACGUGGGGGCCCGAGGGGCCGUGUUCGCUCUCAACGCCACAGACAUCUCAGACAGCACAGCUCGCACUAUUGAAUGGGAAGCCUCGGAGGAGCAGAAGCAGCAGUGUCUGAGUAAAGGGAAAGACGAUAAGACAGAGUGUUAUAACCACAUCAGGUUUCUCCAGAGAUUUAAUUCCACUCAUCUCUACAUGUGUGGGACUCACGCCUUCGAACCUCUUUGUGCGUACAUAGAUGAGGAGAGUUUUAAAGUGUCGUCUGAGUUUGAGGAGGGUAGAGAGAAGUGUCCGUAUGGACCUGCAACAGGCUACACUGGCCUCAUCGUGGACCAGCAGAUGUACACGGCAUCUCAGUAUGAGUUCCAGUGCUCUCCGGACAUCCGACGUAACGACCCCUAUCCCAUGGUGAGGACAGAGGAGGCACCCACUCGCUGGUUUCAUGAGGCUGACUUUGUGGGCAGUGCCCUGGUGAGGGAGAGUGAGGGCAGUACUACCGGAGAUGACGAUAAAAUCUACUACUUCUUUACCGAGAAGAGCCAGGAGCAGACACCAUACUACAGCCACAUUAGAGUGGCACGGGUUGGACGAGUCUGUAAGGGAGAUAGAGGAGGUCUGUUGACCCUCCAGAAGAGGUGGACAUCAUUCCUAAAGGCCACACUGGUGUGUUCGCUGCCGGAAUACAACUUACACUUCAACGUGUUGAGGAGUAUUUACACGCUGCCGGGACACACACCUCACGACACACUCUUCUACGGUGUCUUCAGUCCAGAGUGCUGUAAAAUGGGAAUUUCUACUUUAGUGCCUUAUUUCAAACAGGAUGAAUCCUUCUCACCCCCUCUUCCCUCAUACCUCCAGUGUAUUACAGACCAGUUGAGAUCCAGAGGUAUAAACUCCUCCACCUCCCUGCCAGACGACAUGUUGAACUUUGUGAGGAGACACCCUCUGAUGUCCCAGCAGGUCAUGUCUACAGAGCAGCGCCCCCUGUUGUUCAGGAGGACAACAGACUACACCCAGCUGGUGGCUCACAGGGUGGAGGGGCUGGACGGGCAGAACUACCAUUUACUCUUCAUGGGCACAGACGAUGGCUGGCUGCACAGAGCUGUAGAGGUCAAGGGUCAUCUACACAUUAUAGAGGAGCUACAGCUGUUUGACCAACCACAGCGUGUGGAUAGCCUGGUUAUUUCACAUACACAGAUGAGUGUGUAUGUAGGUUCUCCCUCUGGUGUAGUCCAGCUACCCCUCUCCACCUGCAAUAGGUACAAUUCCUGUUAUGACUGUAUCUUCUCCCGGGACCCUUACUGUGGCUGGGAUGGACAGGACUGUUUGGAUAUCACAGCACAGACUGACAGGUCUAACCUGACCCAGGACGUCCUGUAUGGGAACAGAGGAUGUGACAACGAGCCGGUCCAGCACCGGAGCCGGUCUGUAAUGGUGGGAGAUGACGUGCUGCUCCAGUGUGAAAUUAGCUCCAAUCUGGCAACCCCAGUGUGGACUCUGGACGGGUCAGAGCUGCAGGGCUAUGGCCUGGACUCUGGCUUCAGGGUGGGCACCGACGGCCUCCUGGUCAUCGAGUCCCAACCGGAGCAGAGUGGCGAGUACACCUGCCACGCCCUCGAGAACGGUGUCCGAGUUGCUGUGGUUAAAUACUCUGUGACGGUACGUCUAGAUAUGCCACACCCCCCUCCCCCACCCAUCGACCAAUCCCAAGACUAUCCCUACUACCCUACUCCUCCACCCCUCACCCAGUUCUUCCACCCCUCGCCCCCCUCCUCUGAGAGGCCCCUGCCACCCUCUGCCCCGGCCCCUCUCCCCCCCACCUCAGAGCUGCCACCCUCUGCCCCAGCCCCUCCCCCCCCCACCUCGGAGCUGCUCUCCCCCAGGAGCAUGGAGGCUAUGUACCUGUCCUUGAUCACCAUCCUAGGAGGUCUGUGUCUGGUUCUCACCGUGGUCCUCCUCUACCUGGGCUUCUGUCUGCGGGGCAGCCACAGGGGGAAGUACUCUCUCCGCGCUGCCGCCGCCGCAGCCGCCUCUGCCAAUCACACGGACAGGAAGAGGAAACACAGGAAGCAGCAGCAGAAACGCCACAGUAGCUCCGCCCACCUGGAUCUCAAGACCAUCUCCAGACACUGUAAUGGGAACGGGAUCUGUAACGGUAACGGCGUCUCCCAACAACCGGGGAACGGUGACACGCACAAAGGGGGCUUCCUCCAGAUUGUCCCGAGAGAGGGCCAGCCGUCCCCCAACAAGGACCCCCCUCCCCCUGCCCCUCCUCUCCCCCCGCCCCCUCAGACCCCCGACACCCCCCUCAACCAAUCAGAGUGUGACUUGCAAGACUUCCCCAGCCCCAACGGCCUAUCGGCGACGUUACCCAGCGUCUUGCGAAGGAUGCACGGUAACAGCUACAUGUUGUUAAGACAGAGUGAGGCGGAGAGCAGCUCCCCUCUCUGCCGCUCCUUCACUGAGGAACUCAACACGAUUCUGGAGAAGAGGAAGCACACGCAGCUGCUGCCAAAACCGAACGAGAGCUCUCUGUAGUAGAGGGAACACCUCUCUGUGUCAGGGAGGUAGCUCCCCCUCUGGUGGGAGGACUGAACUGGACCCACUAAUAUUGUCCAUUUAGCAGACGCUUUUAUCCAAAGCAACGUACAUCAGUGAGUGGCCAUUGGUGGCCCAAAACAGAGUGCAGUAGAGAUCCUUUGUGGAUGACCCAUGCUGCUCACAGAGUAAAAUGUUUUUAAACUAGCCUGGACUGAAUUAUGAGAGAAGGAAAUGUCCUGCUUACGUUUUUUGGACGUAAUAAAGGGACACACAUCUAGUUGAAGUAUCAACUGUGUUUCAAAAUAAACUAUUUCUGCACACUAUUCAGCCCCCCUAUCGCUAUCCCCUGUUUGACACCCAAAGCCAUGGUUUACAGUGAGUACACACAUGAGAGAGACAGAGAGAACCUACCCCAGCUCAGCAGAGCUCAGCAGGCUAGACCUAACCCAGCUCAGCAGGCUAGACCUAACCCAGCUCCAGUCAAUACACCUCAGUCUGGAUCAAUAAAAGAUGAGCCCUGGAGGGGGUGAUUCAAGGGGCAGGCCUCAAAUCUCAGCCCCAGACUAAGGCUCCUCGCUGGGCAAGACACGAGGGGCGGGGACCCUGGAAGUCUCAACACAGCCCAUGAUGACAAGGAAGAAGAGGAGGAUGAAGAAGAGGCUCACGGGAAUAUGAGUUCUUGUGAAGUGUGACAAUGACUUGACUUGUGUUUUUAAAUGGAGGCAGCUGUCCAAAGGAGAGACCAGACGUGUUUUAAGAUGUUGUGCUCUACACCUUUGUAGCUGGUUUCAUAUCGGACAUUGAGGGCAAAAUGGGUUUUUAUUCUUAGAAGUUUGUAAAUGAUGUGAAUAUUGAUUACAAUGGUAACACAAAAUGUAAUAACCAAAUGUGAGUAAUAUUAUUAACACAUAUCAACUCUUAACCCCAGACAGAGUAAUCCAAUGAAAAUAACCUUUGUACAUUAUUUUUGUGUAAUAGGAAAUUGGACAGUAUUAACCGUUUUAAUGAAAUGUAAAUGCCGUUUCCUUCAGACAUUCCCUGGUUAUUAUCUACUCAACUCAAUGGACACUACAAACACAUCAGGAAUAUGAGAGAUUCAACCCCAUCUGAGUAGGAGCCAAUGGAUUACCAGAAUCCACACACUGCUGUCUCUCUCUCUCCUAUCCUACCCCAACCUAAUGGGUCUGAACUAUGGUUGGAAAAUAGGUCUGAGCUCUACCACGACAUCACAGCUCGGCCACAGAGGACCAGACAUCAUGUCCACCUGAGGCCUGAGAGAUGCUGUCUAGUUUGGGGCCUGUCUGUUUGAAACAGAUCUUGCUAACUUCAACUCCAGACAUUCUCAGAUAUGGUGUGAUGUCUGGUACCGUGACACUAAUAUCUUGCCCACCGGGAAUUGCUUCAAAAUGUCUGAAUAACUUUGAAUAGUCACUGUUUGGAAUCAAACACAGUUCCAGUACCAUUGGAAGACCAAUUAUAAUCCAGAGGGACUGAGGAAACAGUCUAAUCAUCCAUUCUACAACGAACAGCAUGCUCUAUCCCAUGUUAACCUGAGAACCGGAUAGUAAUAUAGGCCAGGGUACAGUACAGCUACUCUGUAACUGUGCGGUUCAUGACAAGAGCAAACUGGGGAAAGGGGCAUUUAAUGGUUCUGGUCUUCACAUCAAACAACUCUGCCCUCUCUGUAGUCCUCUCUGUAAAGAUGACAAACUAUGACAAAAUGGAUGCUUACUAAUCAUGAUCCCCAUCCUAACUGUUGCCAGGUUUUAAAAUGAAUACACAAUUAGUGACACUAUGUUCUUUUUAAGUUUAAAAAAAAUACAUGUAUUGUAAUUUUGUUCUAUGUUGCUAUUCUAUUGCCAGUGUUGUUGUUUUGGUGCAAUUUGUAAGAGGCAUUGAUGUGAGUGUCUAGUACAUUAGUGUUGCACUAGUAAUCUAAUAGCACGGUAGAACAACAGGGGUCUCCAACUCUAGUCCUGGAGACCUACGGGCGGUGCAGGAAUUCUUCCAACCCGGCACUACCACAGCAGAUCCAACUUAUCAUGGUCCAGAGUCAGACUGAAGACUGUGAUGAAUUGAGUGUGUUUAGUAGGUACGUUAGUGAUUGGUUGGAGCAAAACCCUGCACAUGCAGUCACUCUCCAGGGCCGGAGUUGGAGAACCUGUUGUUGAAGCAUGGUAUCUUCGCUAACAACAUGAUGAACGGAAUACACCACCACAACCAUAAUGUGACAAAUGAUAAGACUCUUCAGUCUGGCCCAUUCAUCUGGGUUGGCUUAGAUAAAGUUCCCCACAGCUCGUUAAGCAACUUCCACAGCAUUCAUCAUUCUGUCUUUUGUUCUCGCUCUCCCUAUUGCUCGCUCUGUCUCUAUCUCCAUCUCCGUCUCUAUCUCUGUCUCUAUCUCCGUCUCUAUCUCUGUCUCUAUCUCCGUCUCUAUCUCCGUCUCUAUCUCCGUCUCUCUCUCUCUCUGUAAUAUUCUGAAUAUUAAGUCCAAUGCAGACACAAGAUGUCAUCCUGCUUUACAGUAAAACAUUGAGUAGCAGUUCACAAGUGGAGGCUGCUGAGGGGAGGACAGCUCAUAAUAAUGUCCGGAACAGAGCGAAUGGAAUGGCAUCAAACACAUGGAAACCACUGAUUCCGCUCCAGCCAUUACCACAAGCCCGUCCUCUCCAAUUAAGGUGCCAGCAACCUCCUGUGCAGCUCACUGACUUCUGGUUCAUUUAAAUGUAAUUUAUCUGAGUUGAAAUUCUAAUAAACAAUGUGUUUCAAACUC